UCGGCCAUUUUACCUUCGGCAAAGAUCGUAGGCUUCGGGUCGGGCUCUCGUUGUUGCUUUUCUGACAAGCGUAAAAACUUUUCAUCAACAGCCGCCAUUUUGACCAAUUUCUGGAGGGGAAAAUCGUGGAUUUCUUUCGUCCUCGGCGUUCGCUUUCUGGAUCCAAUCGGCUCGUGGUCCACCCGAGGAAUCAAACAGCACCUAUGGCUCCGAUUUGGAGGGUAUUUGGACCGCUAGGAAGGUAAAACGUUUGGCAGCGAAAGGCUUCCCGACGCCCGAGGAAUAUUGUUUUUGUGGCUGUGGAAUUACGGCGAUAUUUUGAUGAUCCUGGGCCGUAUCAGACCGCCUAGUCCGCCCAGAGAUCAUCAGAAUCUGCUGAAAAUCUCUCUGCUGAAUGUUUGAAAUCAUGGGAAUCAGCCAACAACCACGUUAAAGGUCUGAUUUUCCCGCAACAAGUUCUAGCUGUUCUCGGACCUUGGGCGAACCCCCUCAUAAUGGCCGAUCAACUUGUGGACGGGCCGCCGACCAAGCGGCAGAAAACGUCCUCACCAACGAUCACGCCUACCGAUAAUAAUUCAGAAUUUUUCGGAAAAUUAUUGGACCAGCUAGGUGGGGAGCUUCCAGAUGAACUGGACACGACGUCAGGAACCGACGGGCUUGCCAAUAUCAACGGGACUGCGGGAAACGAUGCGGGACCGCACCAACAGCCGCCGCCGCCCCAACAAGCGGCACAGCCCGCCAACCAGUCUAAUGACUCUACGGUACAGAGGCAUCAGCAGCUCUCCCAGCUUUUACAGGGAAACACUCCUGGCAGCUUGUCCACGCAAAAUGUAACGAACUCCUCUGGUCCAAAUUCUACUGCAAGUCCGCAGCAAAAUCACCAGACUUCAAACCAAACACCACAGACUCAGGGCCAGCCCUGUGCUAGUAGCCCAAACGUUGCAAACGCCAAUACUAUGCGAAGCCCCUUGUCCAAUAAUUUACAAUCACCACCAAGUUCUGUGGGGUCCAAUGCAUCAGGGACGCCUUCUUCCAUGUCAUUCACAAUGAGCAGUGACUCCUCAAUUAGUACCACAAGUAUAGCAAAUAGUAUAGCUUCGAAUACUCCAAACCUGAACUCAAUAAACCCCUCCCAAAUGAUGAACUCUGUUAGUUUAGGGAUGGUCUCGUCAGGACAGCACAAUCAGAUAAUGAACGGUCCUCUCAUGGCCACCAGUCAAAAUGCCAUGGGACCUGGCAUGAACAGAAAUGUGGUCAGUUCUGCUGGAAUAGGAAAUAUGCUCAAUUCCAUGUCCCCUGGACACUCACCGCAGAUGACCCCCAACAUGGGAACACACCCAGCCGUGGUCAACUCAGGUGGACAAAUGAAGGUCCCAAGGUUGGACCAGAACUACCUGGGACAGCAGCCAACCACCAGCAGUAGUCCAUACAACCAUCCCUUCCCAUCCCCUAUGUCUGUUGGGUCUUCCGUCCCUGCCUCCUCCCCCCUUUCCCUGUCCCUGUCCAACUCCAUGUUUAUGUCAGCUUUUUUCAGUCAAAUUCCCUCUACUGCCCCUGUGCCAGGCCCUAAUGUGAUGUCCUCGGUCGGCACCCCCAACAUGGUAAGGGCGAUGGCCCCUGCCCAAGUGCCACCACAAGGUGUGACAGCACCAACAGCAGACCCAGAGAAACGCAAGCUCAUUCAGCAACAACUGGUUCUCCUUUUGCACGCGCACAAGUGCCAGCGACGGGAACAGUCGGCUGUGAAUGGCGAAGUGCGGACCUGCCAACUUCCCCACUGUCGGACCAUGAAGAAUGUCCUGACUCACAUGACUCACUGCCAGGCAGGGAAGAACUGCCAAGUGGCACAUUGCGCAUCAUCCAGACAAAUCAUCUCCCAUUGGAAGAAUUGUACAAGAAGCGACUGUCCUGUUUGUCUACCACUCAAAAAUGUAUCCAGUAGAAAGGAAGUGCAGGCCAGCAUGGGGCUGACUGCACAGCUCCCCCAGCUGACCCACACACAGACGUCGUCAGCGACCGGCCUGCCCGGCGUGCCGCAGCAACCCCAGCCUCCGCCGCAGCCGGCCGGGCCCCAGCCGCAGCCACAGCCGCAGCAGCAACAGAUCGACCACACUUCCAUGCAGCGUGCCUAUGCUGCUCUAGGACUGCCAUAUAAUCAGAACAAUCCACCCAACAGAGCCAGAAGUAUGCAGCUGGGCCAGCAGCAGGGUCUGGGGCCAGGUGGACCAGGGAACCUGAACGGUGGGCCAUCACUGGGAGCGGAGCUGAGUGCCAUGCAGAGGCAGCAGACCUCCCUUUUUCACAGUCUGGACUCCUCUGGCAAUGUGACCAUCCAGCAGCAGCCGCCUAAGAGAGUCCAGCCAUGGCACCAACAUGUCACACAGGACCUGAGAAACCACCUUGUGCAUAAGUUAGUACAAGCCCUCUUUUCUUCCUUCUGCAGAGUCCAGGCUAUCUUCCCUACCCCUGACCCCGCUGCGCUCAAGGACAGGCGGAUGGGCAAUCUCGUCGCGUACGCAAGAAAAGUGGAGGGCGACAUGUAUGAAACGGCCAACAGCCGGGAGGAAUAUUAUCAUCUACUAGCAGAGAAGAUCUACAAGAUUCAGAAGGAGUUGGAAGAGAAGCGACAUCGGCGGCUGCAGGAACAACAGCUCCGGGGCACAGGUCCGGCACAGGCUGCUGCUGCCAUGGUGCCAGGAGCUGCUCCAGGCAUUCAAGCUGCACCCAGGCCUCAAGUUGACUUAGCAACAGGGAUUGCUGCCAAUCUGGCUGCAAUAGGGCCCAAUCAGCAGACCCAAGGAACACCACAGCCGUUCCUACCCAACACACCGCAGCAGGGCCAACAGUCCGGCUUCCCCAGCGGGAAUGUGUCGCUCAACACCAGCAUGAGCAGCCUGCUGCCCAACGUCCAGAACAUGACGGCACAACAACAACAACAACAAGCCACGUCUCUGGGACAGGUACUGGCUGCUGUACGUGACAUCUCCAAGAAGUUACUGCCAGCAUCAGGCCCUAGUCCACAGCCCAUCAACAGGCCAACACCUCCUGUCCAGCAGCCAACACCCACACAGCCACAGAUGGAGCAGUCCAACAAGAUGGGCCAGCAAGGACCACAGCCAACUGCUCCAAUGCAGCAGCAGCAGCAACAACAACAACAACAACAGCAGCAAGGGAUACAGCCAGGUCAGCAGACAACUCCUCAUCAGACUCCGCCUCGUCCUGGGUCAGCCACACCCACCUCUCAGCCCCAACCAGUGCAGACUGUCGCUCCACCUGCACCUCUGGACGAAAACCAGCAGGCCCCACCUAACGUGGUGGCUCCGCCCGGCACCACAAUUCCAACCACUGUGGCGAGCAGUACCGUGACAUCGGCGGCCACCACCACGACCAUGACAACCACGUCACAGGUAGGAGAUGGGGUCCAGCCGAUGGAGACCUCCCAGUCAGCCGUCACUGUUAAACAGGAGGCUGCACCGCGAGUACUUGCUCAGCAACAACCGUCAGAACAACAGCAGGCUGACAUAAAGACAGAAGUGAAGACAGAGCAGGUGAUGGGGACUGCCUCCUGUAAGGAUGGUUCAGGUGCAGGAGUGAAGACAGAGGCUAAAUCUCCUGGCGGCAUGUCGAUAAAACAGGACACACAGUCGCCCAGUCCAGCUGCAGUCCAGCAGGACUCUGGAGAUGGCCCACCCAAACCUCCUCUCAUCAGAAGACCCAACCCUAAUAAAGACUUUCCAAACAAGAAAGUGUUUAAGCCAGAUGAGCUGCGCCAGGCCCUGAUGCCCACCCUGGAGAAGCUGUACCGACAGGACCCGGAGUCCCUUCCCUUCAGGCAGCCUGUGGAUCCCAAGCUGCUGGGCAUCCCUGUAAGUCAGGGGUUGCGAGUUCCUAAGGACUACUUUGACAUUGUGAAACACCCUAUGGACCUUUCUACCAUCAAGAGAAAACUGGACACAGGGCAGUACAAGGACCCCUGGGAAUACUGUGAUGAUGUAUGGCUGAUGUUUGACAAUGCCUGGCUGUACAACCGCAAAACUUCCAGGGUUUACAAGUACUGCUCUAAGCUUGCUGAGGUUUUUGAGCAGGAGAUUGACCCUGUGAUGGCCAACCUUGGCUUCUGUUGUGGAAGGAAGUAUGUGUUCCAACCACAAGCUCUCUAUUGCUAUGGCAAAUCGGUGUGUACUAUUCCAUGGGGAGCCAGGUACUGGACAUAUGAGAACCGUAACCCCACUGCUGGCCUUCUGUCUGACAGGUACCACUACUGUCAGAAAUGUUUUGGUGAGAUCGGCGGAGACACUGUCACACUGGGGGAUGACCCAAGCCAGGCUCAGAGCACAAUACCCAAGAGCUCCUUUGAAGAAAAGAAGAAUGAUGUCCUGGAUCUUGAACCGUUCGUGGAGUGUACAGAAUGUGGUCGGAAGAUGCAUCAAAUUUGCGUCACGUAUCAUGAGAACAUCUGGCCACAGGGGUACCAGUGUGAUGCUUGCUUGAAGCAGACGGGGAAGAAGAGAAAAGAAAACAAGUACACAUCAAAGAGGUUACAGACCACGAAGCUGGGGACUUUUCUAGAGAACAGAGUCAACACCUACUUACGAGAACGCUGUGUAGAAGCAGGGGAGGUUACGAUUCGAGUUGUGCAUGUGUCUGACAAGAUGGUGGAAGUCAAGCCGGGGAUGAAAAACAAGUUUGUGGACAGUGGGGACAUGCCUGAACAGUUUCCCUACAAAGCCAAGGCUCUGUUUGCUUUCGAGGAGAUUGAUGGGGUGGAAGUAUGCUUCUUUGGGAUGCAUGUACAGGAGUACGGCUCUGACUGUCCCCAACCCAACCACAGGAGAGUCUACAUUUCCUACUUGGACAGUGUGCACUUCUUCAAACCUCGUAACCUGAGGACAGCAGUGUAUCAUGAGAUCCUUAUAGGCUAUUUGGACUACGUCAAGAAAUUAGGAUAUACCAUGGGCCACAUCUGGGCCUGCCCUCCCAGCGAAGGUGAUGACUAUAUAUUCCACUGCCAUCCACCUGAACAGAAGAUCCCCAAACCCAAACGACUCCAAGAGUGGUACAAGAAAAUGUUGGACAAGGCUGUUGCUGAGGGUGUGGUCAAAGAUUACAAGGACAUCCUGAAACAAGCAACAGAAGAUGGGGUGAGCAUGGCUAAUGAGCUGCCAUACUUUGAGGGGGAUUUCUGGCCCAAUGUCCUGGAGGAGAGCAUCAAGGAGAUUGACCAGGAAGAAGAAGAGGAAAGACGAGCCCAGGAAGCCGCUGCUGCUAUUGCACAGGAGUCCAAUGGAGACCAGUUCAUUGGCUUCGGUGCUCUGCAAGGCAAUGGAGACAAAAAGAAGGGGAAGAAGAACAAAGGAAGCAAGAGCAAAAGUAAGAGCAGCUCCAACCGGAAGAACAACAAGAAGUCGAACUUUCCCAACCAGGGAAACAACCUGUCUCAAAAGCUCUUCCAAACCAUGGAGAAGCACAAGGAGGUCUUCUUUGUGAUUAGACUCAUCGCAUCCAACAUUGCGUCCAACUUGCCUUCGAUAUCGGAUCCAGACGGACUCAUUCAGUGUGAUCUAAUGGAUGGACGUGAUGCUUUUCUGACCCUGGCACGCGAGAAGCACUAUGAAUUCUCUUCUCUGCGGCGGGCCAAGUUCUCUGCCAUGGCCAUGUUGUACGAGCUGCACAACCAGGGCCAAGACCGGUUUGUCUACACCUGUAACCACUGCAAACAACACGUGGAAACCAGAUACCACUGCACCGUCUGUGAGGAAAAGUUUGGAAAGGAUUAUGAUUUGUGCAUUGCGUGUUACGAAAAGCAAGGUCACCAGCACAAGAUGGAGAAGUGGGGCCUGGGGCUGGAUGAUGGAGAUACAUCCCAGUCCAAUCAGAGUCCACAGGAAGCUCGGCGAUUGUCCAUCCAGCGGUGCAUUCAGUCGUUGGUCCACGCCUGUCAGUGCCGUGAUGCCAACUGUCGUCUGCCCAGCUGUCAGAAAAUGAAACGUGUUGUGCAACACACCAAGAGUUGCAAGAGAAAGACCAACGGCGGUUGCCCCAUCUGCAAGCAGUUGAUUGCUCUUUGUUGUUACCAUGCCAAACACUGCCAAGAGCAGAAGUGUCCUGUGCCAUUCUGUCUCAACAUCAAGCACAAGUUGCGGCAGCAGCAGCUUCAGCAAAGGUUACAGCAGGCACAGAUGCUGAGACGACGAAUGGCAACCAUGCAGAGUAGAGGAAUGACACCCAGUCAGCCAUCACUGCCUCCCCCAAGUGCACCUGCAUCUAUGCCGACUCAGCAAACACUACAGACACGCCCACCAUCCCAAGGGAAACCUGGCAAGCCCACCCAUCCAGGGAAGCCUGGCAGUAUGGCCCCUCCCCCUGCAGCCCCUCCUGCAGCCAUUCAAGCUGCGGAGGAAGCCAAGAGAGCCGCAGCACUGGCUGCAGCACAGCAAGGUGGCUUUGGGCGAGGCAUGCCUAACCAGGGACAGCAAAUGCCUCCCCCACAACUCAACAUGCCAAACCUUCAGCAGCAAAUGCAACAACAGCAGCAGCAACAACAACAGCAGCAGCAGCAGCAGAGGCCAUUGGCACAGCAGCAAAUGGUGCAGCAGUCUAUGCCUAACCAGUCUCCCAUGCAAAGAUGGCCCGGUGUAUUCCAGCAGCAGAGUCAGGCGGGCAUGCAGCCGCAGCAACAGCAGCAAGGUAUGCAGGGGAUGAUGCAGGGUCAACAAGUCAACCCUGCAGCAUUACAAGUACAACAAGGCAUUCGCAACCAGUUCCCUGCCCAGGCCCUGCAACAGCUGGUCCAAACUCUGAAGUCUCCUAGCUCACCACAGCAGCAGCAGCAAGUGCUAAGUAUCCUCAAGUCCAACCCACAACUGAUGGCAGCCUUCAUCAAGCAGAGAACACAGCACCAACAGAUGCAACAGCAGAUGCAGCAGCAGCAGCAACAGCAGCAGCCAGGACAGCCUAUCCAGCAACAACCCAUGACCCCCCAGCAGCAGCAGCAGUGGCAACAGAUGCGUAUGAGACAGAUGGCACAGCAGAUGCAGAGCCAGCAACAGCAGCAGCAACAACAACAGCAGGCCCAGCAACAGCAGCAGCAACAGUUUCAGCAGAUGGUGCCACCCUUCUCACAGCAGUCUGCACAGCAUAGGAUGAUGGCUGCCCAGCAGCAGCAGAACAUGCCCAUGGCACCGCAACAAGGCAUGAACCAAAUGGGCCAAAUGAACCAGAUGGGCCAGAUGAAUCCCAUGAACCAGAUGGGCCAUGUGAACCAGAUGGCAAACAUGAACCAGAUGGGAGGGAUGAACCAGAUGGGGAUGGGAGGUGCUGAUGGUGGGCCACACUCCCAGAUGCAGCAGAUGAUGCGGCAGCACCAGUUCCAGCAGGGGGCCAUGAUGCAGCAGCUGCCGCAGCAGCAGGUGCAACAGCUGAAGCAACAGAUGGCCUCCUCCAUGGGCCCUGGCCAGUCUAUGAGCCCACAACAAGCCAUGCUCCCACCACAGUCCCCACACGCGGCCCAGCAGAUGAGAUCGCCACAGGGCGGCAACCCUAUAGCAAGCCAGGUGAAGUCCCCUCAGCCCACCCCGUCUCCGCGCCCCCAGUCCCAUCCCGCGCCUUCCACGCCUCAGAUGUCUCCCAUGCACCCUCAGAACUCGCCUCAUCCCGGGGUGGCUGGGCCACACCAACCCGAUCAAAUGCAAACAGAACAACCCAUGCUACCACAGAUGCAGCCGACCUCUCAAAACAUGGGGCAACUGGAAGGGCAACAAAACACUGAGGAGUCGGACAUGGCACCUUUGACACCACAAGAUCAGUUAACAAGAUUUGUGGAGACAUUAUAGUGGUGCAAGUGGUACAGCAGCUUGUAGCCUAUAAUCUAAAUGGGUCCGCUCAAUCUUUUUCAGAGUCUAUCUUGAGAGAAGAAGUAUGUUUUAUUAUUGAUAUUUUAUUUUAUAUUUUUUGCCUCCCACCACAAGACGUUAAAUUUAGGUAUGAAGUGUUGGAAACUGAUUCAGGAGGAAUGGAUUUUUGUAGGUAAAAAUACUUUUGUGAAAUGAUGAUAACAUAAUUUGUAUAGUUAGCAAAGUUGAGUGUUUUCUCCACUUCUGUGACUUAAAAAAAACAACUUCUACCAUGUUGUGUGUUAAAGAAGUUUGUUUAAGGGUCCCAUGAUAGCUUUUACUGUCUAGGAGGGUGCCAGAUGUAUAAACAUUGAUGGUAAGCCACAAGCAAUCAUUUUUUAGCUCUCCUGCGUCAUAUUAUAGAGAAACGUGGAGCAGAAAAGUAGUACAAAUCAUGCAGACUGAAUGGUAUUUGAAGAGCUCUUGCUGUAGGCAAAGGGCAUCUGUGUACAUAGGCAUGCCCAGUGGAUUCUGGAAGUACGUACCACCCAGCCAGAGAUAAGUGUUAAGAUGAUGUGGCCAGUGGCCAGGUGUGUGCAGAUAACAGGAGUACCUGCAUAUGUAAGGAGGGUGUACAGACCCGUGUCUCCAGUCUGGACCAACUGUUCCAUUUCAUCCUGUGAAAAAAAAUAACAAAACAAACCUUGUGUAUAUAAAUGAUGGAAAGGUCUUCACUCUACUGUGUGUUAUUUAAUACCUGAUCUAUCAAAGAAAGGGGUUGUGCUAGGUUGCACUUUAAGCAUUGGCUAUUAUUGGGUGUGCUUAACUUAAAAAGAACAUGUGGCUAGAGAUAUUUAAAACACUCAAAUGGCCAAGGGUUUCUAUGUUUUCUGUUUUGUAUGUAACUGCCUUGAAGAUUAAGAUCACAUGCUCUGUACAUGGCCAUGUUGCAGCAGUAUUUUAUACACUAGUUUGUUAAAAUGGACGGGUUUGGGGAUCGUAGUUUGUAAAGAUAGCUAAAUUGUGCACUAGAUAUGUAUGAAGCCGCUCACACAUUUGAGUCCACAUCUUCAGUUAUUCUCCAAACAUGCCAAUGACGUAGCAUACCAGUGAGGCAGCUUUCACUUGACGCUUAGGACUGUCUUGUUGUUUUUGUCCCACAACACUUUUUGCAGAGGAAAUCAACGUGAGCAAGCCAACUUCUUAUAGAGCUGUCUGUUUGGCUGAGAAAUGCUUGUAUUUAGCUUCAGCCAGGAAUUGCAUCCUUUGGUUUGGUUGCAAUAUCUGAAGACCUCAAUUUUAGACCAAUCUCAGCAGUGUUUAAGGAAUGUAAAAUGUUUCAAACAUUAAUUUCAUAAUAAAAAUUUAUAUACUGUGUAAUAAAUGUAAAGAACACUCUGAAA